AUGCGCGUCGCUCUUCUCGCUGCCAUCGUUCCCGUGGCCCUCGCUGGCUGGAACCCCAAAGCAUGCAAUGGAGCUGGAGGCUGCACCCAAGUUGGCUACGCCAGCUCGGGCCCUUUCGUCUGCCCCGAUGGCAGCAGAUUAAACCUUCCUUCGUUCGCGGGCGAUAACUUGGACGCCGGCAAUGGAAACGCCGACCCCGUGGCGAAAGCGGACUUCCCCAAGUCUUGCACCAGCGGCGCUGUCCCUCCCGCCGACGCUACCUUCAUUAAAACCAAGUCGAGGAAUAACCAGACCAUGUUCUUUUUUGUCACGGGCAAGUGCGAUACUCCUAACCCGGAGGCUUUCAACUGCUACAGCAAGAACCCCAACCCAUCUGUCCACACAUUCUGCGCCAUGUAUGAUACCAAGGGCGCGUUGUGCAAGGAGAACAACGCGGCCGGAUACUGUGAGCGUUGGGGAUACUCGACUGUCAACCCCCAGUGCGCAUACUGGAAGCCCGGUCUACCUGACCUCCCCAACAACCAGUAA